AUGAGUGAGAGGAUCCUCCGUGCCAGUGUAGAAGGCGAUGCGGAAUGGCUGGAUUUUCUUCUCCUGGUGGUAAUUGAGGAUACGCUCAGUAAAGGGCCCAGGUCGUGGCUUCGCCCAGAAGGGCUGGUGGCUGCGGUGCUACUCACUUUCUUGACGCCGAACCUUUUCACAGAGAAGCCUCAUGGCCGGGUCGGCAUGAGGGGAGUGUGUAGAGUGUUGAAGGCCUGGGCUGUGGGUGAACAGGGGUUGAGUAAGGUUCCCAUUCUUCGAACGCCUCGGUGUGAUACGAUUCCCAGUCGUCUGGAUGGUAAUGUUCCCAGUUAUCCGAGUCCCCUGCACCUUCUCCAGCAGGUAGAUGGGUUGGCUUUGAUGGGGGCCCUAAGUGUGCCACCUUUGGGUGUUUGA